CCGACCAGGCCCUACCAGCCACUCACUCAGCUGGAUGUUGAGCAUUCAGCAGCAGCAGCAGCAGCCACCUCCAUCAUGAGUUGUGCACUUUGCAACAGUGCUGGCUUCUGCAUGUAGACGUGUUCACUCACACAAAACAAAUUAAAAAUUCAGGGGAGUGGCUCAGCUUAUAGCUUAAACCAUCAGAGCUGCAAAGGAAAUUAAGUACCAAAGUACUGUACUGUACUGUACUACAGUUUCAAGCCAAGAAAGGCAAGACUUGUGAGAGAUUUUUGUGCAAAGCAAGAUGGCUAAGCAAAAGAUUGUUGUGAAGAUGCCCAUGGAUACCGAGAGGAAGAAGAGGAAGGCCUUCAAGGCCGCAGUUGGCAUGACAGGCGUGACAUCCGCCUCGUUGGAUGGAGACAAGCUCAUCGUGAUCGGCGACGGCGUGGACCCCAUUGCGCUGACGACGAUACUCCGGCGCAGCCUCGGCCACGCCGAGCUGCUCAGCGUCUCCUCCGGCGACGACAAGAAGAUGGGCGGCGGCGGCGGCCACGGCGGCAUGGGCAUGGGGUUCGGCGGUGGCCACGGCGGCAUGGGGUUCGGCGGCGGCCACGGCGGCAAAGAAGGCAAGGAAGGCGGCGGCAAGGUCGUCGUCGACGGUGUCCACCACCACCACCAACAGCAGCUGCAGCAGCAGCAUGCGAUGGCGCCGCCGAUGCAGCCGUACCCGGCGGCGCCGGCGUACUACAACGCCGCCGCGCCGUCCUACCCCGUCUACCCCUCCUACGCUGGCUACCCGCAGCAAGAACAGGAUCCUGGCUGCAGCAUCAUGUAAAAGAUUGUGAGUAUCAAUCAGAGGAGCUAAAAUCUGGCAAAAACUAUGGAGAAUUAUUAAGGUAUUUGAGUUCAGAAUCAGGCCAAGGUUUGUGCAUGGCUUGAGGUGGAUCAUGCAAGGUCAGGCCAAGAUGAUCCAAGAAGUUUGCGAGUUUGAUCUUUGAUGAGCUGCAUCAUCGAUCUGAUCUGCAAAGGUGGUGAAAAAAAAGGCAAAAUUCUGUCGAAUGCUGCAGCUGAAGAAGUAGCUUUCUGUUCAUGCUUUUUUUUUUAAAUGUGAAGCACUAGUAGACUAGUAGUAGUGUUUUCAAUUAUCCUUUUUCUUUCUGCGAGUAUUUAGUGUUAUUAUCCGAAAUAGAGGUUGAAAUAAAGAGCAUCUGUACAUUAUGCACUCAGUUUUUUCUCUGAAUUUUAUCAGCUUUCAGAGAAGUGCUGAAGAUUUGGGACUUGUCGUGUCACCUCGUGUAUAUUGGGUUUGGAUGUUUUUAGUUAGGAACCAGAGGUCUUUCUGCUUAUAUAUUUGAUUGGUGCUGUGUUGAUAGAGAUGCAGAGGCUAGUGGACCUCAUGCUGUCUUCACCUUGCUCUAUGAAACAUUAUUUAUUUUUA